CUCCUGGCACUUCGUCGUUCAACAGUAUCACGUUCAAAGCCCAAGAAAGCUUGUCCAUUAUGUUUCCUCCCCAUCCUUUUGCAGGCACUAGGGUAUCAUCGACUCCGUUCUUGUGGGCAACCAAACACUGAGCAUUAUGUCAAAAUGUCAAUCAUACUGCCUCUUAUUAAGUCUAACUACUUAGGUAUGUGAAAAGACAACUCGUUGGCUCUACACACGGGAAGGCGUUCCACAAUGUCCAUUGUGCAGACCUCGGGUACGGGGGAAACAUGCCCGUGAAUCGUACGCCACCAGGGGUGCAUCAGGACUCAUUGUCCAAUUUGGGGGCAUCCCUUGUUCACUUACUGCAGUUAUUCAAAUUCUUCAUCCUUUUGACGGAUGCCGAAAGAUGACUCGAUAACGUCUGAGAUAUAUAACCUCGCUUCCUCGAGAAUCAAGAUAAGCACUUGUCCCUUCUUGACCUGCUCUCACAGAAGUCACAUUUACGAGUGUUUCUUGUCUCCUCCAUCAAAAACCAGUAGCAUCGUCUCGUACAAGAUGGCCUCGCAAGAUGGUUACUUUUGGCUUUACAAGAAGCUUCCCCGAAAAAUUUCUGAGCAAGAUGGCCACAGUACACCUCCGCGCGAUACGGACAUCCCUUUAACGGACUUGGAAUACACUAAAGUAACCCUUCCUGUAGCGCGGAGAAUGAUUCGCUUCAUCCAACGUGGACUGACCCAAAGCGCCGACUCUAACAUGCGGAAACAUUACGUCUCCAUCCUCAGGCAGGAAGUCUCCCUGGAUGGACCAGAGGUCACUGAUAGUGAAGACAAAAAAAUGCUCGAGUUCUUUUCGAACUAUUUUCCCGCGAUCUAUCUGUCUACGGCUUUAGCAACACGAGUUUAUGGUGAAGUCUUUCGCGGAGCUGGCUAUGGUUCUAUCAUAUUCGUCAGCUACGAUCUAGCUGUUACUACAGACGCUAUCACUGAAGAAAGCGGCAACAAGGACUGUGCUGCAGCAUUGAUUUUCAUCGCCACUAUCUACCAUGAGCUUGCUCAUGUAUAUAACUCGUAUCUUCAUUCCGGCGACCACCACUUUGUCACUCCGGAAAAGAUGCAGUACAACAAUCGCGUGGAUCACGAUAAAUUUGGGAACAUCUAUGGAGAAUCAGGAUUCGUCGUUGAAGCAUCCUUGUUCGGCGGCAUAUUAGAGGCUAUAUACGACGGUCAACAUGAUGUGGACUUCGUGAAUCAUCGUAACAUCGUCGGCGUCGUCUUAGAGCGACCACACCUAACUGAGAUAGUGGACUCUUCCAUUGAUGGGAUCCGGGGCAGAAUAGUAUAUAGAUGUGAAGAAAAGAUUCUCCAAGAAUUCCUGAGUAAUGCAGGUGUUUUUGCGCCUUCCCCUUUCAAUCGCUCCGACAAUCUUUCUCCCUUUCUCGGGGUAACAGACUUUCUCGCAAAAAACGAAGGUUCCUAUGCUUUGGAAUGGGUCGAUAACAUCCAUCGCACGCAGCUCUGCCAUAUGUCCAUUGUUGACUAUAGUAAUGUGGGAGUUGCAUACAAGGCACAGCGAGGCUCAUAUAGGAGAGUCAAGAUUGACGGAAAGCUCCUUUACUUGCCUUCGAGUAGCACUAAGUAUCUAGCGUUCUCGAAGGGUUGCCGAAUGUUGGACCGUCGGCUUCAAGCAGCAUGAAUCAAGUACAAUCAGCACACAUCGCGUUAGAAUGGCUCAACCAUGGCUUGCAUUUUACACCCUCAGUGUCCUUGUCAUGACUGCACCCAAGUUCCCCAUUUCAAAGUAGUCGAUCACAUAAACCACUCGAAUGCGAGGUGACUUUGUAAAAACGACGUCUUUGCAUCAGUAGCCGCGGAUGGCGUGCCUUCCUAGGUACAUAUAAUAAUGCAUUAAAACGUUGAGUUGAGGCUAGGACAUAGCAGGGUAGAUCGGACUUAAUCUAUCCCUUGCACUUAUAAGCAGCAGUUUAGCCAUGGCUAUUGACAAG